UUUGCCAUCUCUCUUUCCACACCUUCUCCCCACUCUCUCGCCCUUCGAUCAGACAGGCAUGUCCGGACCACCGCAAGCAGAUCGCAACCAAGAUGCGACCUGCUACGUGGGCAAUCUCGACGAUCGAGCGUCCGACGCCCUCGUCUGGGAGCUGAUGCUGCAAGCUGGGCCUGUGACGAAUGUCCAUCUGCCAAAGGACAGGAUCACAUCGCAACAUCAGGGAUACGGCUUCGCAGAGUUCCAGACGCCAAGGGAUGCCGACUAUGCGUGUUCCAUCAUGAAUGGGAUUAAACUCUACGGCAAGCCCAUCCGCGUGAACAAAGCCUCCUCUGACCGCAAGCAGAUCGACAUCGGUGCGAAUCUCUUCGUCGGCAACCUCGACCCAGCAGUGGACGAGCGCGUCCUCUGGGAGACAUUUUCAACCUUUGGCGGUCUAGCCUCGCUCCCCAAAAUCGCCCGCGACCCAUCCACAAACGCAUCGAAGGCGUAUGGCUUCGUCUCCUUUGACAGUUUCGAGGCGGCGGAUGCAGCCAUCGAGCAGCUGCAGGGGCAGUUCUUGCUCAACAGGCCGGUUAAUGUCUCGUACGCCAUCAAGAAGGACGGAAAAGGAGGGGAGAGACACGGUACUGCGGCGGAGCGAUUGUUGGCUGCACAGGCGAGGAAGAAUGGUGCGCUGCCUGCCCUUCCAGCCAUGCCACCGCCACCACCACCGCCGAUGAAUGGGAUGGGAGCACCUCCCCCACCUCCGCCUGGUUUCGGUGGUGGACAGCCUCCCCCGCCUCCCCCACCGGGUUUUACAGGCGCGGCCUAUCAGCAGCAACAACCACCUCCGCCUCCGCCGCCAGGCUUCGGUCAACAGCAGCAGCAGCAGCAGCAGCAGCAGGCGGGCGGCGCGCCUCCUCCACCACCUCCAAUGGGCUUCCCGCAGUACUCUGGGCCUCCGCCGGGCGUCAAUGGGUACGGAGGCCCGCCGCAUCAGUACAUGGGUGGACCGCCUCCUCCGCCUAGCUUCAUGACGGGGGCGAAUAACGCACCAUUGGGGCAGAGAUGAGCGCAGUGUGCUGCACCUUGUAAUUGUAUCAACAACAUUUGAAUCGCUGCUAGCUUGUUGCUGCGCAUCGCUGUCACUUCCUUACUAGACGCGUUGUGCAGGCAGGUCUUCGUCCCCUACAACGCGCAUCGCUCGCCUGAGCCAUCUCCUCCGUCUCGUCUCAGCGCACCGUGUGCCGGAUGUCCCACUCUUCUUUCCUCCUUUGGACGACAUGAUAGUCGCUACCUCUGCCUUCUCAUCAUCCUCUGCCUCGUCAUCCUCGUGCUCAAUCUUGGGCGGUGCGCUGGGCUGCCCCUCAUGCCCGUACGCGUAGCCAGCCGGAUUAUGCCAGUCUGCAUCCGUGUAGAGCCACCCCUCCUCAUCCACAUCGAGCUCGACUCCACCGGCCGCAGCGCUCGUCCAGCGACCGACAAAGUCGAUACGCCACUCGUCGCCUUCUACCCAUUUCCAGCCGGUGGGAAGGGAC